CGACUCUGCGACCGCCUCUGUUUCAUUUUCUCUCCCAGCUGAUCGGCCGUCGUCAGUUGCCGGCCACUCCCCCCCCUCCCUCUCUCUCUCUCAUAUAUGAAGCAGCCUCUCUCAUUCGGAGCAACCCUCCCUGGAAUGAAGUGAAAGAUGGCGAGCAAGCUUUUUCACGAGUGCUCAUGGCCCACCUCCCCAAGAACCAACUCUCCCCCAAGCGCUUCCUCCAGCUCCUCAAGGCCGAGAAGAACCCUCUCUCCGUCCUCGCCAUCCUCGUCGACUCACCCAGUCACUCCCGCUCGCCAGACGUCUUCCACCACGUGCUCCGCCGCCUCGUCGACUCCAAGCUCGCCGCCCACGUCGACCGCGUCGUCCAGCUCAUCAGGACCCAGAAAUGCAAGUGCCCCGAAGACGUCGCCCUCACCGUCAUCAAAGGGUAUGCCAAGAACGCCGUGCCAGAGAAGGCGUUGGACGUUUUCCGGAACAUGGAGGAGAUCUUCGGAUGCGAGCCCGGGAUAAGGUCGUAUAAUUCUUUGCUAAAUGCGUUUAUCGAGUCGAAUCAGUGGGAUCGAGCUGAGUCGUUCUUCGCCUACUUCAAAAUGGCGGGGUUGGCGCCGAAUUUGCAGACGUAUAACGUUUUGAUCAAGAUAUCGUGUAAGAAGAGGCAUUUUGAGAAGGCCAAGGAGCUUUUGGAAUGGAUGUGGGACAAUGAUUUGAAGCCUAAUUUGUAUAGUUAUGGGACCGUGCUCAAUGCGCUUGCAAAGGCUGGAGAUUUGUUGGGUGCGUAUGAACUGUUUGAUGAAAUGUCUGAGAGAGGAGUUAUGCCUGAUGUUACGUCUUAUAACAUUUUGAUUGAUGGGUUUUUUAGGAAGAGAGAUUAUGUGAAAGCUAGUGAAGUCUGGGAAAGGUUAGUGAAAUCACCUUCUGUCUAUCCAAAUGUUGUGACCUAUAACGUGAUGAUUAAUGGUUUGUGUAAAUGUGGCAAGUUUAGCGAGAGUUUGGAAGUAUGGAAGAGGAUGAAGGGAAAUAAAAGAGAGAUGGAUUUGUUCACUUACAGUAAUGUAAUACAUGCGUUCUGUGGGUCGGGAAAUGUAGAUGCUGCUGAGAGAGUGUACAAGGAGAUGGUUGCCAGUGGGCUGUCUCCUGAUGUGGUUGUGUACAAUGCAAUGCUCAAUGGGCUUUGUCGAGCAGGGAAGGUUACGGAGUCCUUUGAGUUCUGGAAGGUAAUGGAAAAGGAAGACUGUUGUAAUAUCCGUAGUUAUAACACAUUUAUCAAGGGCUUGUUAGAGAAUGGGAAGGUGGAUGAAGCAAUUUCGAUGUGGGAGCAAUUGCAUUCUACCGGUUGCCAUGCUGAUUCAACAACUUUUGGAGUCAUGGUAAAAGGGAUGUGCCAGAAUGGAUAUUUAAGUAAAGCUAUCAGACUCUUGCAAAGGGCAGAAGAUGAGAACGUUGAUUUAGAUAACACAACAUACUCAUCGAUGGUGAAUGGAUUAUGCAAGGAAGGAAGAUUGGAUGAAGCAGUCAGUUUUCUUGGUCAGCUGGGUAAACGUGGCCACAAGCUGGAUCCACAUGUUUGCAACCCAUUGAUUGACGGAUUUGUUCACAUUGGUAAAUUUCAAGAUGCAAUCCACCUUCUAAAAGUAAUGAAUAGUACUAGCUGUCCUCAAACCAUCGUCACCUACAACAUUCUAAUAAAGGGUUUAUGCAAGGCCGAACAGUUUGGUAAGGCAUAUGAUGUAGUGAAGGAGAUGCUAGAAAAAGGGUGGAAGCCAGACAUGAUCACGUAUAGCUUACUGAUGGAUGGCCUUUGCAAAGGCAAGAAGGUUGACAUGUCUCUUGAAUUGUGGCAACUGGUCCUAGCAAAGGGUUUGAAACCUGACAUAACUAUGCACAACAUUAUUAUUCAUGGGCUUUGCUCCGCAGGCAGAGUAGAGACUGCACUACAACUGUAUUCAAAGAUGAUGGAGCAGAACUGCUCUCCAAAUCUUGUGACCCUCAACACUUUGAUGGAGGGCUUUUACAAGUUGAGAGAUUGUGAAAGGGCCUCAGAAAUUUGGCACUGCAUCUUAAAGCAUGGGCUACGGCCGGAUAUUAUCUCCUACAAUAUUACUCUCAAAGGUCUUUGUAAUUGUGGAAAAACAUCAACUGCCAUUAGUUUCCUAGAUGACGCUUUGGCUCAUGGGAUUGUACCUACUGCUAUUACAUGGAGUAUAUUAGUCAGAGCUAUAAUAAAACAAGCACCUUGGUCUACCAUAGCAUAAUAUCAAGGAAGUAAGUUGCGACCUUCUGUUCUUUUGCUUGUUCACUUUUUUGGUUGUCAUAUGUUCUGCAUGUGAAUUUUGACUUUUUUUUACCACCAGAUAAAUUGCUUUUCACACCAUUUUUUAGCUUGUGCUGAGAGUUAUACAGGGACUUUCAUGCAUGUCUCUGAUUAUGCUUCUUUGAUUUAUGCUCUUCACCCUUCUCUCAUCUUUUGUUCACGAAUAUAUAUAUAUUUUUCAAGAAUCAAGACCGUUUAAGGUUGUCCUGGGCUUGUUCUUCCAGAUAUUGGUGACCCUUUACUUUGGAUUUUAGUACUUGUAUCCUCUAGCAUUUGGUGGAUGAGAACAUGCAAGGUUUUUCAGCUAACCGGAUGCCUGAUGGUGAGGCAGACAUUGAAUAGUUUCAUGAUAUGAGGCCCAAGUUCCUCCCCCAUGGGAUAAGACUUUUCUGCUGUUAUUGUAUAACGUUCUGCUUUUAUAUCUUUCCCAUUUUAGCAGUUAUUUAAUUUGACAUUCUUAACAUGUUUUGUUUUCUUCAGCUAAUUCUGCAUGGGGGGCUGGAGACAUUUGCCUUUCUCAAAAGUACUGUAUCACCCAUUCACUUAUCCUUAAAGUGGUGUCACCCUACCCAAACUUGAGUUCUUAUGGUUUUUAAUUCUUUUUUGGGCUUUGUUUGAUUAUUCUUGUAAUAAUGAGACUGCAUUUUUGGAAACUGUCAGCAUAAGUACUUACAUCAUCGGAUUGUUGGCUGCUUUCAUCGAUAAAAAAUAUGCUGUUAUCAAACCAAGAAGUGUUCUGAUCCGAAGGUAUGUCGUCCCCCAGAAAAAGAUUUAUUGCUUUCUUUUUUGUUUUUACCCAUCAAACCUUUUUUUGGUCAACCCAAUUAAGCCUUUGACAUCUUAGAUUUUUCCAUGACUCUAAUUUUUUUUUUUGGGUCGAUAAUGAUUCUAAAUUUAGGAGGCUUCGCUUUAAGCUUGCCUAUUUACUCAUUACAGACUGUAGUUGCAAUUCCAUGAGGAAGUUGAUAUGAGUCAGUUAAGCAUCAGAGAUGGUAAUUAACUUACCUGUGUCUUGGUGAUUAGACAUAUAUUACGAAGACCCAAUUCAGUGAUGCUAAAGCAAUGUAGCAUGAUGUAUCAACCCAAGAAGGAAGAUCAUACUUGGGGUUAUUUUGUCAUGCAAUAUUCCUCAUCCCUACCCUUACACCCUAAAGAACAGCAUGAAAGUAUCAUAUAACCCAUUCUGUCCUUUUAUCUUUCUUUGGAAAGGAAAAAACUUGUCCCUAUUGUCCCUGUUUUCGCUGAUCUCACUUGCUCCUAGGCAAUAUAAUAAAAGCUAAGAUUUGUACUGCCGAUUAAUUCAGGAUGAGAAGAAAGAAUCAACUUCAACCACUGGAAACAUGCCCUUCAGGGUCUCGAUUUAAACACAAGGUACUAGUUCCUCCUGAUUUGUAUGCUUAAUGUGGGUCGGGUGCUUAGGGAAUUAUCGCUUCCAUUUUUAUUCGGUCUUUGUUCUCUGUGUGAUUCUUUUUUCCAUCUCUGACGAUCCUUUGUAGGAUCACAAUUAAUUGUGCUAUUUACGCAUAACGUCGAGUAGUUGAUUUGCUCCUGGUUACUCAAAGGACAUUAAGAUAUUCUUCAAAUUAUUCAUGCCUGCAACGGUCCUUUAGCAUGCCAUCUCACCAAGUAGUAGAGCCUCACAAGUGGGAUGUAGACUUGCAACUGGCACGUUGAUUUGGAGCCAUGAAGCAUUCGAAGGAACUAACAGCGAACAUGCAUAAGCGAAAUUCCAACAAGGACCGUGCCUUUUUUGUGCUCCUAAGAUGUGAAGAUACAAAUACAGCGUAUGAGGACUUCAGGCUAUUAACCCCUUCUCUCUCUCUCGGUGAUAAAAAAAGGCUUAUGCAAUAUA